AGUUGUAUAAAACAUUUCAACUAAAAUUGAUUUUAAUGGUCGAUUUAUGUUGUGUACGAAUUUAGAAUCACAGACUGAUAUGAGUAUUUUUAAAUUGCAAUAGUAUAAAUGAAAGCGUUUUUUGGAAAAAUUCAUUGUAAUUGUUUAUGUAUUAGAACAAAUUAUUUUAGAUUGUGAAAAACGAUAUAAGAAGUGUAAUUUCACCGAUAUCGACUGAUAUGUGGAUGUUACAGAAGACUGUUCAAAUAUGUCGGUAUAUGACGUAGUUUCAUGAACUUUCAGAAAUUCUGCUUUAUGUACUAAAAUUUUUAAAUAUGGGCGUAUCGAUGGGUAAAAGUGGAAACAUAUUAGAUGCAUUGCCAACACAGGGUACUUUUCAUGUUGUCAUGCUUGGCUUGGACUCUGCUGGGAAGACUACUGCUUUGUACAGACUCAAAUUUGAUCAAUACUUAAAUACCGUGCCUACAAUUGGAUUUAAUUGUGAAAAGGUCCAAGGCACAUACGGUAAGGCAAAAGGUGUUCAAUUUCUCGUGUGGGACGUAGGUGGUCAGGAAAAACUAAGACCGCUUUGGCGAAGUUAUACACGGUGUACAGAUGGCAUACUCUUCGUUGUUGAUUCAGUCGAUGUGGAGCGCAUGGAAGAAGCAAAAAUGGAGUUGAUGCGUACUGCAAAAUGUCCAGAUAAUCAAGGUGUACCUGUAUUGAUAUUAGCAAAUAAGCAAGAUUUGCCUGGCGCAAGGGAUCCCAAAGAGCUAGAAAAACUACUAGGGUUACAAGAACUUCUAUAUCCAGUUAUUAAUUUGUCAACUAAAAAUACGGGGUCUUCAUCUACUGGAAAUAUCGUGAGCUGUAGUAGUACAAGCAAUACUGGUACGACAAGUUCAUUGUACGGAAGAAGUCUUACUCCGACAUCUCAGCAUAUUAAGUCAUUUAGUGUUUCGUCUGUGGCACUAAGCAGUCGCAGCUUAACAAAUGAUAAUUUGGCCCCAUCAGUGGGCGUAAACACGUUAUCGCAAACGCAUAUUACUCUUUCAAAUAUAUCAGAUAUGGAUUUGGAUUUUAGUCAAUUAAAUGACAAAAGCACCGAUAUAACCAUACCAGCAUCCACCAUUGUUACCAGUCCUAACACAAAAGUAGUAGAUUUUACAGCAGCAAAUAAAGUUAAUACGAUUCAGUUUAAAGGAUGGUACAUACAACCAGCAUGUGCAAUUACAGGAGAGGGUUUGCAAGAGGGUCUAGAAGCGUUAUAUGAUAUGAUAAUUAAACGUCGCAAAUUAAAUAAAUCUCUUAAAAAAAAACGGUAAUAUUAUUAAUUAAGACUAUAUUUAAAUUCAUGAUACAUAUUUUAUAACGAAACUAUAGCCAAGCAUUACCAUAGUCUAAGUAUUAUAAAAUGAUUCUGAUAUCUUUUAAUUUUUAAAAAAAUGUAUUAAUUAUAAAAUAACGUAAACAUGUCUGUAAAGGUAAACAAUUACAUUUUUAC